AUGCUCAACGCUAUCGCAUCCACCAAAGUUGUUCUUCAUGGCCAAAUAAUGCCAGCCACAAUCGUUUACUCAACGGAUACUGGAAAGAUAAUCACGGUGUACGAAAAUGAAGUUCUGAAUAAGGUGCCGUCACACGAAGGAGAACCCGUACAGAAUUAUACCAUCGUUUCUCCUCACGUGAUAAUGCCAGGACUGGUGGAUGCUCACGUACACUUGAAUGAGCCAGGUAGAACUGAAUGGGAGGGCUUUGCAACUGGUACCCGUGCUGCCGUGGGUGGUGGUGUCACUACUGUGGUUGAUAUGCCGUUGAAUGCAAUUCCUCCGACCACAACGGUGGAAAAUUUGCAAAUCAAGUUGGCAGCAGCUAAGGGCCAAAUGUGGUGUGACGUGGGCUUCUGGGGAGGCCUGGUGCCAUCAAAUAUUGAGCAGCUGGUACCCCUAGUGCGUGCCGGAGUCCGUGGCUUCAAAGGGUUUAUGAUGGAUUCCGGUGUGGACGAAUUUCCAGCUAUCGACAAAUCUUACAUCAAUAAAGCACUACAAACGCUCGAGAACGAACACACAAUGCUUCUUUUCCAUGCCGAACAGGCUCCUCCGGAAGGCAACCUAGGGUUGGUUGAUUCACCUAGCAGCGACAGCGGCUGCAACAGCAACAAAGAUGACAUUUUCGUCGAUCAUGUGCAUGCAGCUCCAGGCGGUCAAGACUUGUCUAAAACCCAAAUUCAUGCACUGGCAGAAUCCAAAGUACUUGAAUCUGUUGAGCCCACAGUCGGGAAGCCUGCCCAUGAAGUUUACGAAACCCACUCUUCUCGAAGCCCAUUGGAAUCCAUAAAGCAACAAAAUCAUCUUCUAGAUCAAAUUGAUCCCACGACUUACGCUCCAUUUUUGGCCUCCAGACCAGACCUCUUUGAGACCACGGCCAUAAGCACAAUCCUGAAUUGCUUAAAAGACUUUGCCAAGUCCUCGAAAAGAAUUCCCAACGUGCAUGUGGUCCAUUUAGCCACGCAGGAAGCAGUGCCUAUGCUGCGCCAUGCGCAACAGGUUUUGAAACUGCCCAUCACUGCAGAAACAUGCUUUCACUACCUGAAAUUUGCCGCGGAAAGUAUCCCAGCAAAGGCUACCCAUUACAAAUGUUGCCCUCCAAUCCGCUCUGAAGAAAAUAGACUUGCUUUGUGGGAAGCCUUGCGUGGCGAUGUGAUUACCACAGUUGUCAGCGAUCAUUCGCCAUGUACUCCAGAGCUUAAAAACCUGGCUAAAGGUGAUUUUUUCGCUGCCUGGGGUGGCAUAUCUUCUGUUGGGCUUGGCCUUUCAAUCAUGAUGACUGAAGGAGCAAAGGUGUCACCGCAGGUGUCUCUUCCAGAAAUUGUCAAAUGGUGCUGCGAAAAUACUGCUAAACAAGUCGGACUCCAACAUAGCAAAGGAUUCCUGCAUCCAGGUCAUGACGCCGACUUCCUGGUUGUAGAUCAGUAUCGUAAACGGGUUAUUUCCGCAGACAACGUCUACUUCAAAAACAAAUUGACAGCUUACGAUGGCCAAGAGCUGAGAGGUCAAGUGCUGACGACUUACGUCAGAGGCAAUAUUGCAUACGAUUUGGAAGCAGGACAUUGUCCUGCUCCAUUCGGACAAACACUUUUGGAGCCCAGAACGGUAUGA